CUGGUGGACGACGUAACACCGGAUAGGCUAGAAACCCGGAAACAACAGCGCUUCCACCUAGCUGCUUCUGUCUCAGAGAAAAUAUGACAUUUUCUGAAUAUUUAUCCUGAAUGAGUUUGUUGUUUCCAGUUGGCAGCGAGGCUAAACACACAGCGAUUACACAGGAGCUGUGUGCUGCUAGUGCUAGUGGCUGUCGUUUGUCUCCUGUCAGCUGGUUUGUCGUCGCCUUUGUUUAUCGUUAUUUUACUUUAAACGUUUCACAGCUGGCCGCCGUUCAUUAUGGACGAGGGCUCGGUGCCGGUGGCUGAAGACCCGGGAAGGAGGCGGAGGGUGCACGGCAUGUUGAAGCUCUACUACGGGCUGAAUGAGGAAGGAAAGGCCCCGGAGCAGCCGGAGUCCCUGGAUCCCUGCGACAUCAAUGGGCCUCAUUUCGACCCGGAGCUCUAUCUCAACAAGCUCAGGAGGGAGUGCUCUCUCACGGAGCUGAUGGACCAGGAGACCUGUAUGGUCAGGCAGAUCCGCUCUUUGGACAGCGACAUGCAAACCCUGGUGUAUGAAAACUACAACAAGUUUAUAUCUGCUACAGACACCAUAAGAAAGAUGAAGAAUGACUUCAAGAAAAUGGAAGAUGAAAUGGAUUGUCUGUCUGCUAACAUGGCUGCGAUCACAGAGUUCAGUGCUCGGAUCAGCGGCACUCUUCAAGACCAGCACGCGCAGAUAACCAAACUCUCUGGUGUUCACACUCUGUUGAGGAAGCUGCAGUUUCUGUUUGAACUCCCCGCAAGAUUGAAUAAAUGUUUGGAGCUGCAGGCCUACGCUCAGGCGGUGAACACCCACCGCCGUGCCCGCUGCGUACUGCAGCAGUACAGCCACCUGCCCUCCUUCAAGGGAAUUCAGGAUGACUGUCACGCCAUCAUGGACAAGCUGGCCCAGGAGCUUCGACAGAAGUUCAGGGAUGGUGGGUCAAGUGCCAAAGAUUUAUCAGAGUGUGUGGAGCUUCUGUUGCAGUUGGAUGAGCCUGCAGAAGAGCUCUGUGAUAAAUUCCUGAGCCACGCGCGGUCUCGCCUUGAGUCAGAUCUUCAGGGCCUGGAAGCAGAGAUAAGGCCGUACCCGUCCACAGCCACAAAAGAUGCUUCCGCGCACGGGUUGUCGUCUGCAACAGCCCCCGGAUCGCCGACCGACGGCUCCCCCAAAAACAGCUCUCUGCCUUCCCCUGCAUCAAAUACUGACAUCCUGGAAUUCAUUGACAGAGGCUGCAAUGAGUUUGUGAGCAGCUUAUGCUUGGUAAUCACUUCCUAUCAAGAACUGUUUAUCAACCAUGCUCAAAAGGGCGAGCUGGCAUCCAAAAAUAUUCCUCAGAUGGCAAAUGGCAAGCUGCAUGCCUUUGUGGAUGAUUUGGCUGCUCGAUAUUUCAUGCUUGUCGAGCGGAGAAUACAAGAGGAGAAAGGGGUUGGGGAUAACUCCCUACUUGUACGUGCGCUGGACCGCUUCCACCGCAGACUCCAGGCUGUGGCCAAACUUCUGCCUGGCUCAGCUGUGCCAAACAAGGGGACGGAGAUUGUGAUACGGGCGGCGACGGAGCGAGUCAAGCAGUACCUUUCCGCUCUGCAGAGCUUCUACAUGGACAGCUUGACAGACGUGAGGCAGGCUCUGGCAACUCCUCGUCUCUCUGUGGCUGGCACUUCUGUGGCUGGGCCAGCCUCUGGCAGAGACGCUCCAACCAGCCUACCAGAGCUGCUCUCCUCCCUGUCAGCCUCAAUUCUCAAUCAGAUUAAGUCGGUGCUGGCAUCAGUGCAUCUCUUUACAGCUAAGGACAUCACAUUCUCUAACAAGCCGUACUUCAAGGGUGAAUUCUGCAGCCAGGGUGUACGUGAGAGCCUGGUGGUGAGCUUUAUCAAGUUUGUAUGCCAGUCUUCUCGGCAGUUUUGUGAGACCGCCGGAGACAAAGGAGGUUCAACUCCCCCAGCCCUUCUGUUGCUGCUGUCUCGUCUUUGCUUGGACUACGAAACCUCAACCAUCUCCUACAUACUUACUCUCACAGAUGAACAGUUCCUUGUACAGCACCACAGUCCCGUAACACCUGUUACAACUUUAUGUGCAGAAGCCAGGGAGGCAGCACAGAAACUACUCAACCAUUAUGUCAAGGUUCAGGGUCUGAUUAUUUCCCAAAUGUUAAGAAAAAGCGUUGAAACCAGAGACUGGGUUAACACUAUUGAGCCAAGAAAUGUCCGCGCUGUCAUGAAGAGAGUAGUAGAGGACACCACAUCCAUUGAUGUGCAGGUUGGUCUCUUGUAUGAAGAGGGCGUGAGGAAAGCGCACAGCAGCGACUCCAGCAAAAGGACUUUCUCUGUCUACAGCAGCUCCAGGCAGCAAGCCCGCUAUGCUGCCAGCUACACCCCAAGUGCUCCCAUGGAUACCAAUCUGCUGAGCAACAUACACAAGCUGUUCUCUGAAAGGAUCGACAUCUUUAGCUCAGUGGAGUUCAACAAGGUGUCCGUGAUGACGGGAAUUAUCAAAAUCAGCUUAAAAACAUUCCUGGAGUGUGUCCGCCUGCGCACUUUUGGCCGAUACGGGCUGCAGCAGAUCCAGGUGGACUGCCACUACCUGCAGAUGUACUUGUGGCGCUUUGUUUCCGACGAGAAUCUCGUGCACUUCCUGCUAGAUGAGAUCGUUGGAAGCGCCGCCCACCGCUGCCUGGAUCCCGCACCAAUGGAGCAGAGUGUUAUCGAAGUUAUCUGUGAAAGAGGCUAAGGCUCGAGGGAUGGAAAGAUUUACACCGAAAUCAUGAAUCCAAAUUUAAACACUUCUGUUCUGUUCAACACUUGCUGUUCAGUCUGUUGAUCCAGAUCGAACGAGUCAGGAAUGAUUACUUUUUCAACACUAAAUCAAACAGUAGUAGCUGUUAACUGACGGCAAAUUUGUGGCAGAUUUAAAUCGAAGUGCUUGUCAUUAAAGUCCAAAUGAGCCUGUACCACUUUGGUUUGAUAUCGUAACUGUUACAAACUAACAAAAUCAUCUCCAUCUCCUCCUUAUACAAAGAUAGAGUUGAAUAAUCCACUGUACAAGCUGAAGCUUUUAGCACCUGUUUCACUUGAAGGAUAAAAUAUUGACCUUGAGUACAUAAUAUUAAUGACUACAGAGAGAAGCUGUGUCCUGUGAAAAUCACAUGUAUUAAUAAAUAAUUUUUAAGAGUGCUUUGCUGAAUAAUAAUUUUCUGAUUAUGUAAUCCAUGUGUGUCUACCUGCUACCUUCAGGUCGUUUGAGUCUGUUUUCUGGGCUUGUUUCCAUGUAAGGAAUGUUUAAAUGUAGCUUGUCUGCAAUAAAAGGGUAUGACUGUGG